CUCUCGAGGUACUUUUGGUGUGAAAAACAGUGCACGAUGUGGUGGAUAUUGGCGGCUGUAGUAGCUCUUGCUGUGGGGUACUGGUUACUGGCGCGCCCCCACAGGUACUGGUUGGAAAAGGGGGUGAAGCAAGGAAAUCCAGGAUUUAUUUUGGGGGAUAAUUGGGGACUAGUUUUGGGGAAACAGUCUCUAGCGGACAUGGUUAUGAUGGUUUAUAAUGCGUGUCCAAAUACCAGGUACUCCGGCUUCUAUCAGUUUUUAUUACCAACCCUUCUACUAAAAGAUCCAGACCUCAUCAAACAAAUCACCGUCAAAGACUUCGACCAUUUUCUAGACCACCGCAACUUUAUUCCAGAAGAUUGCGACCCUCUAUGGGGCAAAAAUCUCGUUGCUCUAAGUGGUAAAAAAUGGCAUGAAAUGCGGACAACCCUCAGUCCAGCUUUCACCAGCAGCAAAAUGAAAUACAUGUUCACUUUAAUCUCCCAAAGUGGAGAACAAUUCGUAAAGUACUUUCUGCAAAACGACGAAAACCUUAUUACUGUUGAAAUGAGAGAUGUCUUCACAAGAUUUACUAGUGAUGCCAUCGCCAACACUGCUUUUGGAGUCGAGUGUGACUCACUAAGGGACCGAGAAAACGAGUUCUAUCUGAUGGGAAAAGAAGCUACAAACUUUACUGGAGUUUGGAAGAAUCUCAGGAUCUUUGGAUACUUGUUGAUGCCUAAACUAUUCAAGUUUCUUAAAGUAACACUGUUUUCAAAAAAAGUCGCCGAAUUUUUCACAAAUGUAGUCAAGAGUAAUAUUCGAAGUCGCGAGAAACACGGCCUUGUAAGACCAGACAUGAUCCACCUUCUCCUCGAAGCUCGAAAAAACGGGCUUAAACACGAAGAAACCGAGCUUCUUCAAGAUACAGGUUUUGCCACAGCCGCUGAGUCUGAAUUCAACAAAAACCCCAAAAACGCCAAAGCUGAAAUUACAGAUGAAGAUAUCACUUCUCAGGCUUUAAUUUUCUUCUUUGCUGGUUUUGACGCAGUGUCUUCACUUAUGUCGUUUAUGUCUCACGAACUUGCUGUUAACCCAGACGUCCAAACAAGACUUAUCGAGGAAGUUGACGCAACUUUGGAAGCUUGUGAAGGUAAACUGACGUACGAGGCACUUCUAGGUAUGAAAUAUUUGGAUAUGGUUGUUUCUGAAACCUUAAGAAAGUGGCCCAAUAGUUCUGCUGUGGAUAGGGUUUGUACGAAACCCUACACCAUCGAGGCUAAAUAUCCCGAUGAGAGACCUAUCCACCUGGAAAAGAAUGAUGUGGUUUGGCUGCCCAUUUUUGGAAUACAUCGAGAUCCUCAGUACUAUCCAGAACCAGACCGCUUUGAUCCCGAAAGGUUUAACGAUGAGAACAAAGUCAACAUUAAACCGUACACGUAUUUGCCUUUUGGAUCGGGACCUAGGAAUUGUAUUGGUUCUAGAUUUGCUCUUCUGGAGACUAAAACGUUGUUCUUUUAUACUUUGACUCAUUUUGAGUUUGUUCCAGUGGAGAAGACUCAAAUACCUUUAGUUUUAAGCAGCAAGGGCAUCAAUUUUGUUGCUGAAAAUGGGUUCUGGUUGGGACUUAAACGGCGUUCUAGAAUUUAAAUUUUUGAUCAGAUGUAAGAGUAAUUUUGAAAAUAUUGAAAAUCAUUUCUGUGUUAUAAGACUGCAUAGAACUCUAGCUGCUAUUAUGGUGGGGUGUAAAUAAAAAUGACCAUUUUAAUAAUAAAUAAAGAAAAUACAACCAA